UUCUUUUUUUCCUUUUUUCUUCAAAAAAGAAACAUGACUUCCGUCACCUAUAGUAAUAAAUCCAUACAUGACUUAGUCUAUGGUACAACAUGGAUUGCAUGGUUACAGGUCAUAAGCAUUAUGCUGAUCAAUAGUGCGGUUUCCUUAAUGUGGUUAAGUGCCUCAAGUACUCCUUCAGCUGCUUCAGAAUGGCUUGGAAUUAAUCUUACACAACUUAAUUGGCUUUCUAAUGUAUCUGCUAUUAUCAACACGUUUUUCUCACUUGUGACAGGCUGGUCUUAUCAACAAUUUGGGAUUAAAGCAAAUAUCAUUUUUGCCGGUGUUAUCAACCUGAUUGGCUGUUGGAUUCGAUAUAUAGCUAUUGUUACACCUCAACAACAUCGCUAUACUGUUGUCAUGAUCGGUCAAGCGAUAGCAAGCAUAGGUGGUGCUUUUGUGUACAAUAUAUCUGCAAAAGUAGCGUCAGUUUGGUUUGCUCCUAAAGAUAGGGCGGUUGCAAACACAUUAUCCACACUCUCAUUUGGCAUGGCAUUAGCACCUAUCCUUAUACCCUUAAUAGCACCCACAGCAGAUCAAGUGCCUACUAUGUUUUUAAUGGUAGCUAUUAUUUCAACAGCAGCAGCCGUUCCUUCUGUCUUUUUACCCGGAAUUCCCCGUAUUCCUUCUUCUCCUUCAGCAGAUCAAGACCGUAUGAGUAUUGUAGAAGGCAUGCGUGUCCUCAUAAGACACAAAGGGUUUUGGUGGUGUAGUAUCUUGUGUGGUACGAAUGCCGGUAUGGCAUUCUCAGUUUCAACCUUAAUUAUUGAGGCCAUUUCACCCUUUGGCUACACAGAUCAACAAGCAGGCUAUUGUGCAGCUGCUGUUGUCCUGGCUGGGUUUGUGGGUGGUAUUGUCUCCGGUUAUUGGGCGGGCAAGACAGCACAGCAUGUGAUGUUGAUCAAGUUGUUGACACCAUGUAUGGUAUUUACCUAUCAUAUAGUGAUUCCUUCUGCAUUUUCGGUGGUGAUGAUUGCUUGUGUUUUGAAUGGAUUCUUUGCUUAUGCUAUCUUUCCCCUUCAUUUAGAAUUUGCCUGUGAAAGUAAGUGAUUAUUUUGUUGGUCAUGCACUCAUGAUGUUAGUUUCUUAUCCUGUGCCUGAGUCCGUGACUUCCUCUUUACUAUGGGCUCUUUCGACUGCAUCCAUGUUGGUAUUUUGUGUGAUCAUUGAUGGAUUAAGAGCAGGCCCUGAUGCAAAUCCGCCCAACAAUAUGAGUAUGUCCAUGAUCGCAGUUGCUGUUAUUGUGUUUGUUGGUUCAUUACCUUCUCUUUGGUUAAAAGGGGAUUUAAAACGUUUAGAGUUUGA